GUCCAAUAUCUUAAUUAGAUCUUUUAACCGGUUAAAUCAUUUUCUUUCGCCAUUCUUGCGAGCUUCGAGCAAACAUCUGUGGAAGUCGAAUCGAAUAGGAAGUGGCAGAGAAGAAAAAUGUUCCUACGGAGGAUAGCAAGGCCAUUGAUGAUGAUGGCGAAAGUGAAGGAAACAACAGGUAUAGUAGGUUUGGAGGUAGUCCCAAAUGCAAGGGAAGUUCUGAUAAAUCUAUACAGGAAAACCCUAGAAGAGAUCAAGGAGGUACCUGAGGACGAAGGAUACCGCAAGGCAGUGGAAAGCUUCACCCGCCACCGCCUCAAUGUCUGUGUGGAGGAACAUGAAUCUGAAAUGAUUGAGAAACGGCUUGGUUGUGGUCAGGUUGAAGAGCUCAUUGAAGAAGCCCAAGAUGAACUCAAGCUCAUUGGUCACAUGAACGAGUGGAAACCUUGGGGUAUUCCUGAUGAUUAUGAAUGUGAAGUCAUUGAAAAUGAUGCUCCAGUACCAAAACAUGUUCCUCUGCACCGUCCUGGUCCUCUCCCUGAGGAAUUCUAUAAUACAAUGGAGGCGGUUACUUCUGGCAAAUUGGAUGCUGGUUCAAAGAAGGAUGAACCUGCAAUUUCAUCGGGUGACACACAGUCAAAGUAGGGUCUGGCUUCCAGAAGCUCAUUUUGGUUAUUGAUCAGUACAUGCAAAGUUUUAAAACUGAUCAUGUGCUACUCUAUCAUCCUUGUUUUCUUUGUGCAUCUUCUAUACCUGUUUACUGGAGCUGGUGGACACAAAUGCUUGAAUCAUUAUUGGUUAAUAAAACAAAGGUUCCUUUUUUUUGGGUGGAAGCUAGCAGACGGUUGCUUAUUUCUUUGUUUGUAAAAGCAUCAACAUGGUGUAUUUCGUAUGAAGGAAGUUAUUUUUCAUGAAUAAUAGUAUAUCUUCUAAACAAAAUGUUUUCUUGGUUGAUGAGAGAAAAUACUUUAUGAAAAAAUGUAUUUUAUUGAUAAUGAUGAUAUAAAAUUCUAGAACUUCUAGGAGAA